AUGCCGAGAGGUCAAGAAUUUUCCAAAGAGUUUAAGCAGCUAGCGUUUUCAAUUAUUGAAUUUGUCGAAAAAGAAAAAAGCGGCCCUUCUAUUCCACUGAAUAAUGUCAAUGGUCGCCUUCAAGCAUUACUUGGAAUAUCGGAACGAUCAGUUUAUUAUUUAAAAAGUGAGUUGAAAGCCUUGGUGAAGGAGCAAGAAGAUUCUACAAGAUUACGACGAUCAUCGUCAGCUUCAUCGCCAUCUGUCCUGCCGUCUCCUUCUUCACCAAAGAAACAAAACGCUGGACGUCCAAAAAUUCAGCUAACCACUCUCGAACAAGACAC